CCUAGAUAACCCUGAUAUUUGUAACUCAUUUGUAGGCUGGUACUAAUGACCAAGAUAUUGCUUCUUGUUGUUAAUGCGUGAGGAAGGAGCACAAACGUGUGAGUUCCGUGGUGCAGAUGUUAGAUGAGUAGCGUUCUUUGAAUGUCUCAGAAGCUCGAUGAUAUCUCGAUGUACGGCAAAAGAGUUGUUGCUUAUGAUGAUAAUGUCGUCUCUACUUUUUCAACCUUGGACAUGCUGUUGCUGAGCCCAGAGAACACCAUUUUUAAACUUUACCUAAUUAUGCCUGAAAAGCAGCGUUGCUAUAACAAUGAUUACCCUUCUUUUGCACCAGGAUGUCUAACUUGUACUUUAGCUGGCCCCAUAACUGUAGUGUUGCGCAGAUUGCUGCUACCUAGAUCAAGUCAUAAGUUGUGGAAGCUGAUUAUCGUCAAUUGUUAACCGAAUCUCAUCUUUAGUUUCAUUUGGGU